UAAGAACGGCAACAAAACCUAUUCUUCCUCGAAGACUACUCUCUAAUGCGGCCCUUCAUCUCCCACCUCCGAAAUCUCUCCUCCCGGUCUCCCUUUCGCUGCCCUAGACCCAACGCCGUCGGCACUCUUCCCAACGCUUUCGGUCAGUACCGAUGCGCCUCCGGCGGUGGCCUCUCAGAUCCUGUCCGAGACCACAGCUCGCGCAAAACGCUCGUUUACCUCCUUGGGUUAGCAGGGGCGAUGGUCGGUGCCACCUACGCUGCCGUUCCUCUCUACCGCCGGUUUUGUCAGGCCACCGGCUACGGAGGCACAGUGCAACGCCGAGAGACUGUAGAGGAGAAGAUUGCUCGCCAUUCCCUAGACGGAACCAAGAAUUCGAGGGAUGUGAUUGUUCAGUUUAAUGCUGAUGUUGCUGAUGGAAUGCCUUGGAAAUUUACUCCAACACAAAGAGAGGUAAGAGUUAAACCUGGGGAAAGUGCUCUUGCAUUUUUUACUGCUGAAAAUCAUAGCUCGGCUCCCAUUACCGGUGUUUCUACAUACAAUGUUACUCCUAUGAAGGCUGCAGUUUAUUUCAACAAAAUUCAAUGUUUCUGUUUCGAGGAGCAGCGACUUCUUCCCGGAGAGCAAAUUGACAUGCCGGUAUUUUUCUACAUUGAUCCAGAGUUUGAGACUGAUCCUAAGAUGAAUGGCAUCAACAACAUGAUUCUUUCAUAUACCUUCUUUAAAGUUAAUGAUGAUUAAACUAUAACAUCACAAGUUAAUUUAGGAUGGUCAACUGGGACUUCUAAUACCGGUUGACUGUUUUUGUAUUAUUUAUUUGAUUAGUAUUUAUCAUGGCAAUUGUACCGUGUUCCUGCUGGAAUAAUUUUACAAUGGCUUUGGAGCAUAAGAAAUGAAUUCCAAAACAUGUAGUUGCUAGACUUAAGCAAUUGUAACAGAGAGCUGAUUUUGCAGAUGACUAGGUUCCCGAGUCAAUGGCAAACUUUUCCCAGUUCGAGAUAA